CGCUUCCGCGUGCGUGGAGCUGCCAGAUAGGCGGGCGGGCGUGCGGCCCGGCAUGGAGGAUGGCUUCGAUCCUGCUGCAGCUGGCGGGGCUCGGCGCAGCGCUGGCGGCCGCAGCUGUCAUCCUGAUUUCAGUUGUUGCAUUUGUAACUGCCGCAAAGAUGCCAUCGUGUCACCGACAUGAAGAAGAGAAGUUCUUCCUAAACUCUAAAGGCCAGAAGGAAAAUUUACCCAGCAUCUGGGACUCGCCUACCAAGCAGCUUUCUGUUGUUGUGCCUUCAUACAAUGAAGAAAAACGGUUGCCUGUGAUGAUGGAUGAAGCCCUGGGCUACCUAGAGAAGAGACAGAAGCAUGACCCUGCAUUCACUUAUGAGGUGAUAGUAGUUGAUGACGGCAGUGAAGACCAGACUUCAGAGGUAGCAUUUAAAUACUGCCAGAAGUAUGGAAGUGACAAAGUGCGCGUGCUGAAGCUGGUGAAGAACCGUGGGAAAGGCGGGGCCGUCAGGAUGGGUGUAUUCAGUUCUCGAGGAGAGAAGAUUCUCAUGGCUGAUGCUGAUGGAGCCACAAAGUUUCCAGAUGUUGAGAAGUUAGAAAAGGGACUUAAUAACCUACAGCCUUGGCCUGACCAAAUGGCUAUUGCAUGUGGCUCUCGAGCUCAUUUAGAGAAAGAAUCAAUUGCGCAGCGCUCUUACUUCCGUACUCUUCUCAUGUAUGGGUUCCACUUUCUGGUGUGGUUCCUUUGUGUCAAAGGAAUCAGGGACACACAGUGUGGGUUCAAAUUGCUAACUCGAGAAGCAGCUUCCCGGACGUUUUCAUCUCUGCACAUUGAACGAUGGGCAUUUGAUGUAGAACUGCUCUACAUAGCACAGUUCUUUAAAAUCCCCAUAGCAGAAGUUGCUGUCAACUGGACUGAAAUUGAAGGUUCUAAGCUAGUUCCAUUUUGGAGCUGGCUGCAGAUGGGCAAGGACCUACUUUUUAUAAGACUUCGCUAUUUGACUGGUGCCUGGAGACUGGAGCAAACUAGGAAAAUGGACUAAUGUGCAGACUGGGACUGCAUUCUGACAUAUAGCAUCAUGUUUCAUAAAAUUAAGAUUUCAAAUAAAACCAAGAGAAAACUG